UUUCAUGACUAUGAGGUCGCAAGGUGACGGUAUAUGACACUUAAACAUUCGCUGAAAGGAGUCAUCUUUUAAUAGCUACAGGUGUAUGACUACAAUGGCGGAGAACUGAACGUUAAUUAUGAAGAUUGACUUUAGUUGGAGUUUACUCCUAAUUCUGCUCGAAGUUGCAGGAACACAGAGCCUCUGUGAGUUUCCGAGUACUUUCCAAGGGUCCUACAUGCUGUCCAAAUACAACUCCGUUGUUAACGUGAACGUGUCGCACAUCGACGGACUGGGUCUUAUCGACGCGCCACUGCUGGAGGGAGAUAUUGGCAAACAAUAUGACUGCUUAGCAAAUAAUGGAUCUAAAUAUGUCAUCCGCUCCGUCCUCGGUGACAAGCUGCCAAGUGAGGCUGAGUUCCGCUACAUCUUCCUGUGUAUGGACCUGACUGUAGUGUCCGACAUCAAGGCUACCUUUGUCCAAGCUACCAAAACAGGCCCCGGAACGAAACCGUAUGACGUUAAGUUUCUCAAGCUGUCUGAAGUGGGUUCGGAUCCUGUGUCCCGUAUCUGUGACAUCCCAGAGUCCUCCUACCUCACCACUAUGUACAGCGUCUUCCUGAAAACAAGUAACCACUCGUCGUGGCCUCGGACGUGCCCCACGGAGCUGCUCGGCGUGUACAACACCCAGGACCCCUCUUGUCCCGCCUCCUUGGACGCCUGUGUGGACAACUCAUACAUCCAGAUGGACAACACCUCCUCCUGCACUAUCCUGCCCUUGUUCAGUGCCAACGGCAGUGUGAUCUGUGUGCACGAGGUUCGCAGCGGCAACAUCACCUUCCUCCACGUCUACAACAACGAUAACGAAGUCAACGACACAAACACAUUCAGAUACACAUGUAUAGCUUUACAGAAGGAGGGCGACACUAUACAGCUGUCUCAGAACCCGGGGGACUGUGUGGCCAAUCAGAGACCAGAUACAGCUACUACUUUGGGGAAAACUACCUUUAGCUUCACUCAACCAGACCUAACCAGUAAGUGGCAUCACACGUACUUCGUCCCGAACUGUACCUAG